AGGCAUGUCUGAGGAAUGGGAACGCCUCCAAGAAACUCUUAAAAAACGCCGGAUCCCGACCGAUUCCUGCUCAUUUUCCGUCCCUGCCGUUUCUGCGUGCUCGUCGGAUGUCGAAACUUGCCCACUAGUCGGACGGGGUGCAGACCCACAUGACUCUUCAUUUCAAGGGCUAAAUUAUAUUGCUGGAUUGGACGUCUCGUUUUUUGAAGGGACAAAUGAAGCGGUAGCAUGUGUGGUCGUGUUUCAGGUGCCCGGCCUGGUGAAAGUGUACACAAAGUGUCGCAAGGUGACCUUAACCGAGCCCUAUAUACCAGGCUUCCUAGCUUUCCGCGAAUCACCCAUUUUGCUGUCACUCUUGGAAGAAUUGAAGCAAGAACAUGAAGAAUGGUAUCCGCAGGUGGUAUUUGUGGAUGGCAAUGGAACUCUGCAUCCAAGACAAUUUGGUCUAGCUUGUCAUGUUGGGGUUUUGGCCGGCGUCCCGUCGAUUGGCAUUGCGAAAAACUUUCUCCAAAUCGAAUCUGAAGGACUCUUGUUAUGCGACAUGAAGGAUAUUGCACGUAAAAGGUUAGAUGGUGCCGGGAAGUGGCUGAGGAUCAUUGGAAGUUCUGGAUACGUCUUUGGUGCUGCACUCAGAUCCUCGCAAGAAUCCAUCAACCCUAUUUUCGUAUCACCCGGACACAUGAUAUCGCUGACAACGGCCGUGAACCUCGUCGCAUGGUGCUGCAAAUAUCGCGUGCCAGAACCAAUUCGUGCAGCCGACUUUGAGAGCAGAGAGAUUAUUAGGAGUGUGGAGAGGGAUGCCCGCAUGGCACUUGAACUCAAAGGUUGAUCCUGUACUAUGUCAUGUGUCCCACGGCAAUCAAACAGACAAACGCAAGAGGAUCAUUAAUAUUUACAGCAGACGUUAGUUCCACAGAACAUGUAUCAAAAAUGCGUCAAAACCAUCUAAAUUCUUGUAAAUUCUACGUAAAAUGGAACUUAAAUUGGAAUCCCGA